AAUAUUAAGGGUCUUAUCGAAAAUCUAUCAUUUGAAUUAGAUGAUAAAACAUUUGUUACUUCUAUAACUCCUGAACGUGAUCCAUCUGAUGAAUUGAAAACUGAUAUAACACUGGACAAUUCAAAAAAUAAAAAUAGUGAACAGAAUCUUAAUCAACAAUGA